AUGAGGAAAUUUGAGGAAAGUAAUGAGAGGAACAGUUUCUGGUUUUCUCUUCAUAGGGUGUUUAAGAAGACCAGCUCCAAUGGGAAGCUCUCCAUCUACCUGGGGAAACGAGACUUCAUGGACCAUGUGGACACUGUGGAACCCAUUGAUGGUGUAGUCCUGGUUAACCCUGAUUAUUUAAAAGGUCAAAAGUUGUUUGUCGUGUUGACAUGUGCUUUUCGUUAUGGCCGUGAUGACUUGGAUGUGAUUGGUCUGACAUUUCGCAAAGAUCUGUAUGUACAAGCCCAGCAAGUGGUUCCAGUUGAACCUACUACCCACCAGCAGCCCCUCACAGUCUUACAGGAGCGACUUCUGCACAAGCUGGGGGACAAUGCCUACCCCUUUACCCUGCAGAUGGUUUCUCACCUGCCCUGUUCAGUGACAUUGCAGCCAGGACCCGAAGAUUCAGGAAAGGCCUGUGGUGUUGACUUUGAAGUAAAGAGUUUCUGUGCUGUAAACCUGGAGGACAAAAUCUCCAAGAGUGACUGUGUGCGGCUGGUUGUUCGGAAAGUACAGUUUGCACCCCUGGAACCAGGUCCUGGUCCCUGGGCCCAGACCAUCCGCCGUUUCCUUCUAUCAGCUCAGCCUCUACAACUACAAGCCUGGAUGGACAGGGAGGUUCACUACCAUGGAGAACCCAUCUCUGUCAAUGUUUCCAUCAAUAACUGCACCAACAAGAUUGUCAAAAAAAUCAAGAUUUCUGUUGACCAGAUCACAGAUGUCGUCCUGUAUUCACUAGACAAGUACACUAAGACCGUGUUCAUUCAGGAGUUUGCGGAGACUAUAGCUGCUAACUCCAGCUUCUCCCAGAGCUUUGCAGUAACUCCACUCCUGGCUCACAACUGCCAGAAACAGGGCCUGGCACUGGAUGGCAAACUCAAGCAUGAAGAUACCAAUCUGGCCUCUAGCACAAUUCUUCAACCUGGAAUGAACAAAGAACUGCUGGGGAUCCUGAUAUCCUACAAAGUUAGAGUCAACUUGAUGGUGUCCAGUGGGGGCAUCCUAGGAGAUCUGACAGCCAGUGAUGUUGGUGUGGAGCUGCCCCUGAUCCUGAUCCAUCCAAAGCCAUCUCAUGAAGUCACUAGCUCGGAGGACAUAGUCAUCGAGGAGUUUAUGCGGCAGGAGCAUGGCAGAGUGCAGAAACAAGAGGCUUUGACAGCUAAGCAAGAGGAGGGGAGCUGA